AUGGAUCCGCCGAACGACUUUCGAUCCACGGUGCUACAAGCGCCUUCGCGCCGCGACGGCGAGGAGGACCGCGAACGCGACCGUGAUCGUGAACGUGAUCGUGAACGUGAACGCGGUGAUCGCGACAGACGUCACCUCCACGACAUUAGCUCUCUCGUCUCGCCCCAGGCACCACCGCCACCGCGACACGCCGGCUUCAGCCUGCGCUCGCCGACCCAGUCCGACUUCCAACACCCGCACGCGCACUCGCACGCGCACUCGUCGUCCGCCUACUCGUCGCCACAUCAUCAGCAGCCGCCAUCGCACCAUCACGACCAUCGCUCGCCGCCGCCCUCGUCGCGAUCCCAUCAGCCCGUGCUCUCCCAUCCGACCCCGUUCAGCUCGUCUUCGGGCCCCGUCGGUCCUCUCGCGCCCACGCUGCCAGCUCUCGCCGGAGCCUCGUCGUCGCCCUCAUCGGGCGCCCACCUGCAAGGCCCGCCUCUGUCGCCUCUGCACCCGCCCAGCGGUGCUUACUACCCCCCGCCCGAGUCGCAGUCGCAGUCGCAGUCCCAGUCCCAGUCCCAGUCGUCGCAGAAAACUUCGACCCUACGCGAUGCCAAGCCGACGACGAGCAGCUAUUACGACCCGCUGACCGAUACCACAAGAGAGAGGAGGAUAUCAGAUGCAGCCGCGCCGCGGUACCCUGCAUCAUCAGUGCAGGCAUCACCACCAAAGCCGCGCGACCCGUAUCCCUACUCGCAGGCUUCCACGCCUGCCGACCAUCAGCAGCAGCAUCACGCCUAUUAUCGAAACGGCAGUCACGCCUCGCCAGGCCCCACGACCUACUCGCCACGGAGUCCCGUCUCGCACGCCCACGCCGCACCGCCCCUGACCGGUUCCAUCAGUCCAUCCAUCCGCCCGCCGCCGCUGCACAUGACCUCGCCCAACGCGAGACGAGCUGCUUCUCCUGCUGCACACCACGCGUCCUCGAAUGGUACCUCACACGUCGUGCCCCCCAUGGCCAAGUCCGACGUCUCGCCUCUGAAGGCGCCGGCGGCAGCUCCGGCCAGUACCCCGAGUCGUGCCGACCCCAUGUCCUUUUCCAACAUCUUGUCGAGUUCCGAGCCUGUCGCCAAGCCUAGAGCGCCAUCGCCCCCCCCGGUUGCUGUCAUGGAAGAGCGCGCCCACGAGCCCAAGGCCGAGGUCGAGACCGAGACCGAGCCCGAACGCAAUGACCGGACCAUGAUGGACAUUGAUACCGAGGUCGAGGCCGAGCCUGAAUUCGACGCGCCCACCCCCAAGAUUCACAUCGCCAAAGGCAAAUCGCGCGAUUCAACACCGACCGUCAAGGAGAAGAAGGCUAAGGUGCCGAGGAAAUCCAAGUCGCGUGCUUCCGAUAUCAGAGACGCAGAGUCGACGCCUAAGACCAGUCGGCGUGCCUCGUCUGCUCGUGAGACGCCCACACCCCGUGUCCCUGUCAAGAGGCAGGCCAACGGCCAGCCCAAGCAGAAAGUGCUCUCCGCCGACAAGGAGAAGAAGGUGCAGGCCCAGAUUGCCAAGCUCGACGCCGAGACCGACGACGUCGACGACACAGAGCUCGAUGACGAGCAUCGGAGCUUCCGGCAGCGCGGCCAGAAGCGUCGCCGUAUCAUGCAGAACUUGGAGGCUCAACACAACGACAGGCGUCGCACGCAUGGCAGUGAGAAGAUUGUCAACCGCAUCAACACGCACACGGAGCAGAGCAAGCGACGCUACGAUGAGCUCUACUACGAGGAGGCUCUCCAAGAGGUCCGUGAACGCGAGCUGUAUGCCGAAAAGGAGCGUAAGAAGGACAUGCAGCGCAAACGUCGGCGCGAAAAGUCCAUGGCCGUCACCAUGGAAGCCAAGAAGGCCGCACUGGAGAAGGCCCGCCUCGCCGAGGACGACGACGAGAAGGCCCGCCACCUGCGUGAUGCCGAGCGCGCCAACAAGAAGGCCCAGCAGACGAAGCUGAUUCUUCAGAAGGGCAUCAAGGGGCCCGCACGCAACCUCGAGCUCAACCUCGAAGGCGGCACCAUGUCCACGUUCCAAGCGUCCGACAUGGAGCCCGGCACCAAAACCAAGGGCAAAGGUCGCGGAGGUCCCAGGCCGAAGAAGUCGAAGGAGCAGAAGCAAGCCGAGAAGGACUCUGCCGAGGCUGCCCAGCGCGCGCUCGACGCCGGCGAAGAGCUGCCACCCAAGGACGAGUCGAAGAUUCGCAUCAAGCUCAACAAGUCCAAGUCCAAGGACAAGGAGAAGAAGGAGAAGAAGGACAAGGACAAGGACAAGGAAAAGGAGGACGGCGCCGACGUCGAUGCCACCGAAGCCGAUGAGGAGGUGAAGGAGCCCAAGGAGCCCAAGCCCGCCAAAGAGAAGGUCGAGGAGCCACCGAGCAAGGACGCCAAGUUCCAGACCAAGGGCUACAACCAGAUCUACGACCAAAUCUGGCGCGAUCUCGCACGCAAGGAUGUCAACAAGACCUUCAAGCUGGCUGCCGAGUCUUACCAGGUCAAGUCGUCCAACCUCAAGAAAACGGCCAUCCUUGCUUCCAAAGAGGCCAAACGCUGGCAGCUGCGCACGAACAAGGGCACCAAGGACCAGCAGGCGCGCGCCAAGCGAGUCAUGCGUGACAUGAUGGGCUUCUGGAAGCGCAACGAGCGCGAGGAGCGUGACCUUCGCAAGGCCGCCGAGAGGCAGGAGCUCGAGAAUGCGCGCAAGGAGGAAGCCGACCGUGAGGCAGCCCGCCAGAAGAGGAAGCUCAAUUUCUUGAUCUCGCAGACGGAGCUCUACUCUCACUUUAUCGGCAAGAAGAUCAAGACGGCCGAGGUCGAGAGGAGUACCGACAAUCCUGAACUCGCCAGCGAGAACAAGGAGGUGACGCAACAAAACGAGGCCAUGGACAUUGACGAGGCGAGCAACGUCGGUGGCAAGGUCACCAACUUUGAGAACCUCGACUUCGACGCCGAGGACGAGACGGCGUUGCGGCAGGCCGCCAUGGCGAAUGCGCAGAACGCCAUUGCUGAGGCGCAGGCCAAGGCGAGGGCGUUCAACAACCAGGACAAGGACGGCGGCGACAUGGACAUGGACGAGGAGGGCGAGAUGAACUUCCAGAACCCCACGGGCCUCGGCGACGUCGAGAUCGGCCAGCCCAAACUCAUCAAUGCACAGCUCAAAGAAUACCAGCUCAAGGGUCUCAACUGGUUGGCCAACCUCUACGAGCAAGGCAUCAACGGCAUUCUCGCCGACGAGAUGGGUCUCGGCAAGACUGUGCAGUCCAUCUCGGUCAUGGCCUACCUCGCCGAGAAGUACGAUAUCUGGGGCCCCUUCCUUGUUGUUGCACCAGCCUCCACCCUGCACAACUGGGAGCAGGAAAUUCGCAAGUUCGUUCCUGAAUUCAAGAUUCUGCCGUACUGGGGCUCUGCCGGCGACCGAAAGGUGCUCCGCAAGUUCUGGGACCGCAAGCACGUCACGUACAAGAAGGAAGCCGCCUUCCACGUCUGCGUCACCUCGUACCAGCUCGUUGUCUCCGAUGUCGCCUACUUCCAGAAGAUGAAGUGGCAGUACAUGAUUCUCGACGAGGCGCAGGCCAUCAAGAGCUCGCAGAGUUCUCGUUGGAAGAGUCUCCUCGGCUUCCACUGCCGCAACCGACUUCUGCUUACCGGUACACCCAUUCAGAACAACAUGCAGGAACUGUGGGCACUGCUCCAUUUCAUCAUGCCGUCGCUGUUCGACUCGCACGAUGAGUUCAGCGAAUGGUUCUCCAAGGACAUUGAAUCGCACGCGCAGAGUAACACGAAGCUCAACGAGGACCAGCUCAAGCGUCUGCACAUGAUUCUGAAGCCGUUCAUGUUGCGUCGUGUCAAGAAGCACGUGCAGAAGGAACUGGGUGACAAGAUUGAGAAAGACAUCUUCUGCGAUCUCACCUACCGACAGCGAGCCAUCUACGCCAACCUCCGGAACCAGAUCAGCAUCAUGGACCUCAUCGAGAAGGCGACAACAGGCGACGACAAUGACUCGGGCACACUGAUGAACCUCGUCAUGCAAUUCCGCAAGGUUUGCAACCACCCCGACCUGUUUGAGCGUGCCGACACGACGUCACCCUUUGCGUUUGGCUACUUUGCGGAGACGGCUUCAUUCAUCCGCGAGGGCAACAAUGUCGACGUUGGCUACUCGACACGCAACAUGAUUGAGUAUGACCUCCCGCGGCUGGUCUGGCGAGAGGGCGGUCGCCUCAACAAGGCUGGCAGAGACAACCAAAAGGCCGGCUGGCGGAACAAGAGCCUGCAGCAUCUCUUCAACAUUUGGACGCCGGAAAACGUCCGCGAGAGCGCCAAGGGUGCCGAAGCCUUUUCGUGGCUGCGGUUUGCGGAUGUCAGCGCUGGCGAUGUCUAUCGGGCAACUCAUCAAGACUCGUUCACCCGCGCUGUCGAGCUUGCGCAGCACAGCGACCGCCUCGGUCACAUGCAGAUCGCAUAUGACGAUGGGGAAGAUGAAAACUUCACGCCGGCCCAUGCCCUCUUCCAGAUCAAGGCACGAAACGACCGCAAGCCGCUGGCCGAAGUCACACAAGGGGGCAUACUGGCGAACCUCAUGAAUGUGGCACGCAGCGACUACAACGAGUCUGGGCUCGGCCGCCUGGAGCAGGCUGCGCGCCCGAGCGCGUCUGCGCCCCCCAUCGAGGUCGGCUGUCUCAGCAGCGGCACCAACAUUGAGCGUGAGGGUGUCCUGUUCAACCCGGCGAUCCGUAAGAUGCUGGCCGGCCCCACGCCUAUCGAGGAGAAGGCCCUGGUCACACAGCAGGUGCCGCUCGCUCAUUAUCCUCCCCCGGCCAUGCUGCCCGCACCCGACAACGAGAAGAAGAAGUUCACGAACAUUGGAGUGCCGUCGAUGCGCCGCUUCGUCACAGACAGCGGCAAGCUGGCCAUGCUGGACGGUUUGCUGUUCAAGCUCAAGAACGAGGGUCACCGUGUCCUGUUGUACUUCCAGAUGACGCGCAUGAUUGAUCUCAUGGAGGAGUACCUCACGUACCGGAACUACAAGUACUGUCGACUUGAUGGUUCCACCAAGCUCGAGGACAGACGAGACACGGUGGCUGACUUCCAGACGCGGCCCGAAAUCUUCAUCUUCCUGCUGUCCACUCGUGCUGGUGGUCUCGGCAUCAACCUGACAACCGCAGACACGGUCAUCUUCUACGAUUCGGAUUGGAACCCCACCAUUGACUCGCAGGCCAUGGACCGCGCUCACAGACUGGGUCAGACCAAGCAGGUCACCGUCUAUCGUCUCAUCACGCGUGGCACGAUCGAGGAGCGGAUUCGCAAGCGCGCGCUGCAGAAGGAGGAGGUGCAGCGCGUCGUCAUCCAGGGUGGUGGUGCCAGUGUCGAUUUCUCGGGCCGUCGUGCGCCGGAGAACCGCAACCGCGACAUCGCCAUGUGGCUGGCCGAUGACGACCAGGCGGAGAUGAUCGAGCGGCGCGAGAAGGAGAUGCUCGAAGCCGGCGAGUUUGACAAGCCGCCGGGCGCGACGAAGAAGAAGGCCGCCGCCAAGAGGAAGCGGCCGGUCGGCGACGGUGUCAGUCUCGACGAGAUGUACCACGAGGGCGAAGGCAACUUUGAUGAUAAACAGGCCUCGGGUACGGCGACGCCGGUCGCAGCGGAAGCCGACGCGAAGGGGACGAAAAAGCGACGCGGCGGCGUCACGGGCAAGAAGGCCAAGAGCAUGAAGCAGCGUCUCGCUAUCGCAGACGGACAGGUGGACGGAUAG